GUCUCAACCCUAAAGAAAACGCUGCCUUCUUGUUCACACUUUGGGAUUUACAGAGUGACAUGUUGAGCCGGACAUCAUAAAUUAUGACUCUCGUGGAUUUAAUGACCACGUGAUUUCGGAAUGAAACGAGUGAAAAGGAUUUGAUACUUAGAGUGAUUUUAUUUUCGAGGUGUGUAUAUAAGAUGUGGUCCAGACGAUGUGUGCUUCUCAUCUUCUCAACCUUCUUGUCGUUAGGGGUUACUCUGAUAGAAGAAAUCCGACUUCCGGAUGAGUUUUCGGAAUGUAUUGAACGACAUACUGCUAAAAGCAAUGCCAGUGCCACAACAUCCGAAUCCAUUGACAACUUCUGCAUAAACCGGCAUCGGAUGAACUUGGCCAGACCAUAUUUAACGCAAGCGAACGUUUCCAAGGACAUGACCAGUUGGAUUGACGAACUUCUUCGCAUGUCAUCAGUGGAAACGUAUGAACAUGAUCAGGCAAUGAUUAGGAACAAGCGUCAAGCGAUUGGGGUUCCAAACUUUCGAGCAGGGGUCCAAACGACAUUCCAAAAUAUUCAGCAACAACCUAUUACAGGACAAAAUAUACCGGUAGGACAGUUCAAUCAACAGCAAAGCAUCCCACAGGGGUUCCAAUCUAUAUCACAGGGCACUUUUCAGACUAUUCCGCAACAGCAAACUCCACGGGGUGAUCCGAUAGCAUUGCAACAACAGCAAAUCAAUCCUCUUGACCAAACCAUCCAGCAACAAAAUAAUCCUGUCCAAUCUGUCCAGCAACAAAACGUUCCCGCGCAAGAUUUUCAGCCACAAAACAUUCCUGCUCAAAGUUUAUCUCAACAGAAUGUUCAAACUUCCCAGGCGGGCAAACCUGUCACUCAAGGUUCGGUAGCUCACAUUGUCUAUCAACAAAACGUUCCAACAGGCUCAAGUUCAACACAGCAGCAACAGGUAUCUGUUCAGCAACAUCAGAUGCAGCAGCAGCAGCCACCGCCGCCGCCGCCGCCGCCGCAGCAGCAGCAGCAACAACAACAACAACAACAACAACAGCAACAACAACAGCAGCAACAACAACAGCAGCAGCAGCAACAGCAGCAGCAACAACAAGCGACGGCAACACAAACCUUCCCGUCCCAGGCACAGCCACUACCGGCCCGGGCUCCCCCCGUUGUUAGACCAACACUGCGCAUACGAAAGGAGUAUCGCAGACUAACAGAACAGGAGAGGAACGACUUUCAUCGGGCUGUACAGAUGCUUAAGGCAGACACUUCAAUCAGCCCUAACAGGUACGACGCUCUGGCAUUGGUUCAUUUCCGGCUCGUUAACAACAUUCACCAUGGCAGUGGUUUCCUUCCCUGGCAUAGGGUCUUCAUAACCAUAUUCGAGAAUGCACUGCGACAAAAGGUAGCGACCGUGUCCUUGCCAUACUGGGAUUCAACCUUAGACGAGGCUAUGAUGGAUCCAACCCAGUCUAUUCUUUUUUCUCCGAGGUUUGCUGGAAACGGAAAUGGUCUUGUAACGACUGGACCGUUUGCUUACUGGCAAACUCCAUCUGGACCCCUGAUUCGAAAUAUUGGCCAAGGUGGUGGUAGUUUAUUCUCGAGACAAGAAAUUAUGGCUGUUCUCUCAAGAUCACGCUUGCGUGAGAUAGAGGAACCAGAUGCAGAUAAUAUGUUCAACUUGGAGAAUUACCAUGGUGACGUGCACACAUGGCUGGGUGGGGAAAUGGAGCCCAUGGAGACGUCCGCCUUUGAUCCACUGUUCUACAUGCAUCACUGUUUCGUGGAUUAUGUUUGGGAAAUCUUCCGAACGCGACAGCGGGCCAUGGGCAUUGACCCAACCAGGGACUAUCCCGCGAAUUUCGGAUCGCAGACUCAUUCCCCUUUCUUCAGAAUGGGUUUUGGGGAUUUACAAAAUUCCUUUGGUCUUGGUGAUAUGUUCACGACACAGAUUUACACAUAUGAGCAAAACCCAUCAUGCUCCUUAGCAAGCCCUAACUGUGGAUCGUUGUACCUAAGCUGUGAUCUUUCUCAAGGUAUCGCACAGUGUAUGCCAGCGGCGACGGAAGUAAGCAAUGCCGCUCCAGUGCAGCCACCACAAGCAGGUUUUGGAGACCAAAAUCCAUUUGGAGCCACUGGGCCGAAUCAGUUUGGACCAGCGCCAAAUACAGGGAUGGGGAUUGGAGGAGGCUUUGGACCGCCAAUGCCGAUGUUUGGUCGCCGGAAGCGACAAGCGGAUAGGAAGAAUAUCGCUCAGGCCAAGAAAGUAUUGCGGGAAAAUGCGAGGAACAUGGCUGUUCAAAAAGGAACCCACACCUGUACCGGUACCUGGCUAUCGUUUUCCAGUCAGAAUACUUUCGAAGUUGAUGGUGUCAGUGAUACCCGGAACUGGGUGUUUAUUCCGGUAAAAAUCAUCAGUAAGCGUUCACCGGAACAUAGGAAAUUUCAAGCUUUCCCUAUAUUUGACGGAAGAGCAUCCCGUGAUUAUGACAUAUAUGACCCUGAAGCUUACCCAGAAAUAAGUCCAUACUUUUCAGAGCAAGUCAUGCCAUUAUCGACUAUAUGCAAUUCACGCGCCACCGAUAGGACUGUUGGAAGAGUUCAUGUUAGGUCCAAUGGACUGAAUUACCAUGGUAACUACGAGGAAUACACUGUCGUAGAUCUUCGCCAAGCGUUCUCGGAAUCGUCGACCUACAUCGCCCUGAAGGAUCCGGAAGACGACAUGUCGGAGGUAAUACUGACGGCGUACGACUCGUGUGGGCGUCGUUGUAAACCCUACUGCCGAAGUAGCGACCCAAAACGCCCGGGCUAUCACAGCUGUUCCGGAGCCUUGAGGGUCACCAAAGGCACACCCUGGAUGUACGGCAAAAAUUACGGAGACGCAGUGCGCAUGUCAUGGAAUAUACAAAGUCUUACUGAUAUUCCAGAACUAAAAGCUGAUUAUUACUUCAUCCAGUUUUACUGUGACCACACCGACUGAUGCCUGUCCUACAAAAUCAUUCUCAGACCUGUCAAUUCCUGUUGGUAUCAUAGUUUCAGUGUUAGGCAAUGGAAGGAAUUCUGAGGAUAACAAGAUAAGAUUGAUUAGGUAUGAUAUAUAGAUAUCAUAUGUUAUUUAAUUUUCAAAUUAACCUACAAAUUAUCUUAUGAACGCUGAUUUCUUGUAAAACAAUAAUUUUUACACAUUAUGUAUAUUUCAAUUAAUAGAAAUCAUUAGACCUAAUUUAACAUAGAUGCUUGACCUACAAAGAUUGAGCGGCGCUCUUGUGAAAUAUAAGCUGGAGUACUUGUAAACUG